ACGAGAGUCUGUCCCCACAUUGCGCGUGUAACGGUACUCAAACGCACAUGAAAAUGACUUGCUCGUGAACCCUCUUACAACGCUGACUUGCUUUGGUCGUGUCAAAUCAGUUCUGGUUCAUGUUUGAAAUGGUACGAAAGGGCGUCUUAUAUAACACACCAGCCAGUCAAAGAAUAGCCAGUUGUAUUUUGGCUUUUCGUUGGUGCUCAGUUCUGCCUUUUCUUAUGGCCAUUUCACGUCCAGCUCGCGCAUUUUAGAUUGUUUUAAAGCGAGGCUCUAUCAUUCGUUGGUGUUUAAUCAGAAACGUUAACAUUUAAGGACCGCUUUCUUCUUUUGCCCAUUCCAAUGCGCUAAUAUUUCGAAUUUCGACUUCGUUCGGCAAAGCCAUUGAUACUAUUUUCCGGAGGAUUGGAACUUUGGGAUGGCCCGACAGCACAAGAAUGGGCCUUUUACUUACAACAGCUGAUUUGCGCUCAAACUUAUCAUCAAGCGAAACGUUGCGCAACAUUUUUAAACAUCUAUGCAGGAUGGAACCCAGGUAACACGCAUCCGGAAGUAAUACCGAUGACGUUGGUCAACAGUCAGCAAGGGACAUCCGUCGCUGUGAUGGCCCAAUUUGCACAGAAUUCCAAAGCAGGGGAAACGUUUCAGGCCUAUGAUUAUGGACCUAAAGGCAAUAUGAUACGAUACGGAUCGAAAAAGCCGAUGGAGUACUUCCUCGAGAACGUUACGGCGCCGGUGUACGUCUAUUGGGGGGGGAAUGACCGUAUUGUGAGCCCAAAGGAUGUGGACUGGCUUCUGACUCAACUAGGAAAUUUAAAACGCUCCGUUCACAUUAAAAAUUACAACCACGAGGAUUUCAUUUGGGGAACGGACGUCAAAGAAAUGCUUUAUGACAGCGUCAUGGCUGAUUUACCGCCCCCGUAGCCCAACGUAUAGCCCCAAACUCAGGAUCUCUAAUUAUUAUAGCCUAAAAACAAAGUGUUUUUUUUUUGUCCCGCACAUGCAAUACACAGUAUUUAUUAAGAUGAAA